AGUUUGGCAAUGCUGGUCUGUCAAAACUUGAACUGUCGUUGUCAAUACGGCGUUAGUCCUUUCUUGAAGUACAGCAAUUUGUGUAGCACGUGGAACGUGAAAGAGAGUCACAAUGGUCGCGCAGAAAAAACAGAAAAAAGCAAUUGAAAGCAUCAACAGCCGUCUGGCUUUGGUGAUGAAGUCUGGAAAAUACUGUUUGGGGUACAAGCAGACUUUGAAGACUUUAAGACAGGGCAAAGCCAAGUUGAUCAUUAUAUCUAACAACACCCCGUCUUUGAGGAAAUCAGAGAUUGAAUAUUACGCUAUGUUGGCCAAAACUGGUGUCCAUCACUAUACGGGCAACAAUGUGGAAUUAGGAACCGCAUGUGGCAAAUAUUUUAGGGUUUGUGCCAUGUCAAUCACCGACCCUGGAGAUUCCGACAUAAUCAAGACGAUGCCAGCUGGCGAUGGAGCUCCUCAAUAAGUCAUCCAAUAAAAAUAAUUAAAGUUA